AUUGCGCGACCCACGCGUGUGCCCACGAAGCGUUACCCACGCGAGGGUGACCCGAAGUCUCGUCUCUCGUUCAUGAAAGAAAACCACGCGCAAAAACAUGGCGAAGUUUGGUGAAAUUCAAGGCGGCAAUUUGGGCGAAGAUUUGUACAAAAAUCUCGAAAAAUGUCGAGUUUUAGUUGUUGGAGCCGGUGGAAUUGGUUGUGAGCUCUUGAAAACGCUUGUUUUGACUGGGUUUAACGAUAUUGAAGUGAUUGAUUUGGACACGAUCGACGUGAGUAAUUUGAACCGCCAGUUUCUGUUUCAGAAACAACAUGUCGGCAAAUCUAAGGCAAAAGUGGCGCGAGAAAGUGCAAUCGAAUUCAACCCUCAAGCAAAGAUCAAGGCAUAUCACGACAGUAUCAUGAGCCCUGAUUAUGAUGUGAACUUCUUCCAAAGGUUCUCGGUUGUUCUCAAUGCACUGGAUAACCGAGCAGCAAGGAACCAUGUCAACAGGAUGUGCCUUGCUGCCGGUGUGCCUUUGGUAGAGAGCGGUACUGCUGGUUACCUCGGGCAGGUUACGGUCAUUCAAAAAAGCAAGACGGAGUGUUACGAGUGUCAACCUAAACCCCACCAGAAGACUUACCCCGGGUGCACUAUCCGAAACACACCAUCCGAACCCAUCCACUGCAUCGUUUGGGCUAAACACUUGUUCAACCAACUGUUCGGUGAAGCAGAUGCCGACGAGGAGGUCUCGCCAGACGCCGAAGAUCCUGAAGCAGUUGGUGACGCCGGAGCUGUGGCUAACGACUCUUCCAAAGAUGAUAUACAACGUGUCUCAACUCAAGAUUGGGCAAAAAGUAUCGAGUAUGAAUCUGCCAGACUGAUCCAGAAAUUUUUCAUUGAAGACAUUAAAUAUUUGUUGUCCAUGGAUAAGUUAUGGAAAGAAAGAAAAGCCCCUAUCCCGUUAGAUAUUGAAAAUCUUCAUGAGAACUCGUUACCGGAUAACGAGAAUGGCUUGCCUGAUCAAAAAAUUUGGACAAUCCGAGAGUGUGUUGAAAAAUUCAAAGGAUGCGUGGAUCAGUUGAAAGAAGAACUAAUCAGAAAAGGCGACUUCUUGGUUUGGGAUAAGGAUGACAAUGCCUCAUUAGACUUCGUUGUCUCAGCUUGCAACAUCCGCGCACAUAUAUUUGAUAUUCAACAGAAAAGUCGUUUCGACGUCAAGUCAAUGGCAGGAAAUAUUAUCCCUGCAAUUGCAACAACGAAUGCCAUCAUCUCCGGUCUUAUUGUACUGGAAGCGUUAAAAGCCCUCCAAGGAGACAUUGGCAAAUGUCGAACUAUAUACCUUAACAAAAAACCCUCUGUUCGAAAGAAAUUAUUGCAACCAUCACCACUUGUUGCUCCCAAUCCCAAGUGUUAUGUCUGCUCGACGAAGCCCGAAGCCAAAGUUAUGUUGGAUUGUGCUAAAGUUACUUUAAAAGCUCUUGAAGAGAAACUUCUCAAGCAAGAGUUUGGCGUCAUUGCACCUGAUGUUGAAAUCGAGGAUGGCAAAGGGACUAUUUUGAUCUCAAGUGAAGAAGGGGAAACAGAUGAGAAUAAUUCAAAGAUGUUAGCUGAUUUUGGAGUCACUAACGGUUCUCGUUUGAAAAUUGAUGACUUUCAUCAGAAUUACGAACUUGUUUUGAACAUUGUUAAUUGUAGCAACAUGGCUGACGAUGAGGAGUUUAAAAUCUUACAGGAUGUUGAAAAAAUGGAUGAUGAUUCUACGAACAAUGAAGAAGCUAAUGAUGUGAUUGUAAGUGGAGAUAUUAACGAGAUAACAAUGGAUGCUAAUGAGCAAGGAAUUGAAAUUGCAAAGGAAAAGAGAAAGAGAAAAGCUAGUGAUUCCUUAAGCGGUGAUCCUGAAAUUGCUCCAAAGCAUGCUCGUAUAGAUUUAACGAAUGAUAACGAGUUGCCUGGUGAUGUAAGCAAACAGCAGUUUUCAUUUCAUGAAAAUGGCAGUCUAGUGUCUGAGGAAUCAGAAGGAAGAUGGGAACCAGGAACUGUGAUUGAUGUCGAUGCUCUGUCAGGAUCGGAGAGCGAUGACCUAGGAUCAGAACCUGCUGUUAUGGUGAUUGAUGAUGAUGACAAAGAUGAUGAGAGUGAGGAUGGAAAGCUAAAGAUUUCUGGGGACAAAAAUGGGGAAAGAGAAGAGCCUGUAGUUGUGGUACUUGAUGAUGAUUGAGUCACACAAUUUGAAUACUCUACUGGUAGAAAACAAUUGAACUUGUACUCGAUAGAGCUUCUACAACAACUUUGGUAUCUCAUGCUGCUUGAGUUUAGUUUAAACAAAGCACCAUUUUACACUGAAUUUAAACCAAAAGCAUGUACAACAUUACAUAUUGUAAUUAAUAUGUGAAAUGAUUAUUUUGUUGAUUUGUAAAAAUGAUGGCAUUCUUGGCUUUCAGUUUUAUAUUUUUUAGUAAAAAGCAAGAAGUUGU